AUAGAAUUCAUGAAUGAAUCCCAAAAAACCCGCCUAUAUGCGGAGAACGAUGAUGUGCAAGUCUUGACGCUUCCAUAUAAAGACACCACUUAUGCGUUGAGUAUACUCCUUCCUAAGAAAAGGUUUGCUCUCGAUGCAAUCAGAAACAAGACUAGUGGACCGGCACUACGGAAACUGUUGAGCCAAGUGAAAAUGGAGCUUACGACGAUUUCUAUUCCAAAAAUGAAAAUCGAAACAAAGUUCGAGCUGAAGAAAGCAUUGAUCUCGAUUGGUAUCACUGAGAUGUUCAGUAACAAUGCCAAUUUGACCGGAAUCACGAAGGAACCUCCACUGAAAGUAUCGGAUGCUGCGCACAGAGCAUUGAUUGAGGUUUGUGAAUAUUACAUAGAAGAUAAUUACAAUGUCAGUGAUUAUAAAUGGGAGUGGGAUUGA